GCAGCCGCUUGUAGCUGACCGCUUGGAGCCGUUAUCGGUGCUCCGAGCCGUUUGCGUUGUGCUCGCGCUCCAGUGAAUCCCUGUCCGCGUCAGCAUGGGCGUUGAAGUGCAGACCAUCUCUCCCGGCGACGGUCAGACAUUCCCAAAAAUUGAUCAGACAGUUGUGGUCCACUACACAGGUACCUUGGCAGAUGGUGCAAAGUUUUACUCACCACAGGAUAGGGGCAAGCCAUUCCAGUUUCGCAUUGGCAAAGGGGAAGUCAUUCGCGGCUGGGAAGGGGGUGUUGCUCAGAUGAGUGUCGGCCAACGAGCCAAGCUGAUCUGCUCUCCAGACUAUGCCUAUGGAGCCAUGGGCCACCCUGGCAUAAUCCCGCCCAACGCCGUGCUCACAUUCUAUGUGAAACUACUGCGGCUCGAGUAAAAGGCACGGUUGCUCCACG